UUCUCUUUCUCAUCUCUCUGGCUCUUCACCGUCACAGGCAAGCACGAGCUCAUAGCGAAGCUCCUUCUCUUAUUCUCACGGGCACCAAACGCCACUUUUACCCUCGCCACCUUUCCCUUUCUUGCUUAUCUACUUCAUGUAACCCCCUAUUCCUUUUCUUCAUAUUCCUUAAUUCAUUCGUAUUAUAAUGGCCACCCUGUUUCUCUUACUCUCCUCUGUUUUCCUCUUCCUUCUGAUUCCUUCGUCUUCCCAGCUCGACGAAGUUUUCUUCCCGGGAUUUAAGGGCGCCGGAGCCAACAUAACCCUGAACGGAGUAGCAGCAAUCGAGAAAAACGGAAUCUUGCGGUUGACGAACCAGACAAAUAGGUUGAUGGGUCAUGCUUUUUAUUCGUCUCCAUUCCAGCUCAGGAACUCCUCUACUGGUCAAGCUUUCUCCUUCUCUGCUUCCUUUGCUCUCGUCACUGUCCCUGUGUUCUUCAAGCUCGGUGGCCAUGGCCUGGCUUUCACGAUAGCAACUUCCAAAGAUCUCAAAGCCUUGCCAAGUCAGUAUCUUGGCCUCCUUAAUUCCUCCGAUAUCGGAAAUUUCUCCAACCAUUUACUCGCCGUCGAGUUCGACACUGUCCAGGACUUCGAGUUCGGGGACAAGAACGAUAACCAUGUUGGAAUCGACAUCAACAGCUUGGUCUCUAACGCAUCUGAGACUGCUGGGUAUUACACCGACGAUUCGGGCUUGAAGAAGCAAGAUCUCAAUAUCUCCGGUGGGACGCCGAUUAUGGCUUGGGUAGAUUACGAUUCGGCUGCAAAUCUCUUGAGCGUUACUCUUUCUCCUUUCUCGACAAAACCCAGAAAGCCGCUCUUGUCGUUCCCUGUGGAUCUCUCACCGAUUCUUAAAGAUUAUAUGUAUGUUGGGUUCUCUGCUUCCACGGGACUUCUCGCUAGCUCCCACUACAUCUUGGGUUGGAGCUUCAAAAUCAAUGGUCCAGCUCGAUCCCUCGAUCUCUCUUCUCUCCCACAUCUUCCUGGUCCGAAGAAGCAACCGACAAAGCUCAUCAUCGGCGUGACGGUGCCGGUUAUAUUUAUUGCGUUAUCCGCGAUAGUAAUCGGUGUUUAUUUGUUCAGGAAAAUAAAAAACGCCGACAUAAUAGAAGCGUGGGAGCUAGAAAUCGGACCCCAUCGAUAUUCCUACCAAGAGCUCAAGAAAGCGACAAGAGGUUUCAAGGACAAGGAGCUUCUCGGACAAGGUGGGUUUGGUCGAGUGUACAAAGGAACACUCCCGAGUUCGAAAACCCUGGUGGCAGUCAAACGAGUUUCCCACGAAUCCAAACAGGGCCUUAGGGAGUUCGUCUCUGAAAUCGCCAGCAUUGGGCGUCUCCGUCACCGGAAUCUCGUUCAACUCCUGGGCUGGUGUCGCCGGCGAGGCGACCUCCUCCUCGUGUACGAUUACAUGGCCAAUGGUAGCUUAGACAAGUACCUAUUCGACCAGCCGCAUAUUCUCACUUGGGAACAAAGGUUCAAGAUCAUAAAAGGUGUUGCUUCGGGUCUCCUAUAUCUCCACGAAGGAUACGAACAAGUCGUUAUUCACAGAGACGUUAAAGCAAGCAACGUCUUGCUAGACAACGAGCUCAACGGGAGGUUAGGAGAUUUCGGUUUGGCUAGAUUAUACGAGCACGGGGCCAACCCAAGCACGACCAGAGUGGUGGGCACAUUGGGCUAUUUAGCUCCUGAGCUACCUCGAACUGGUCGAGCCACCACGAGCUCCGAUGUUUAUGCUUUUGGUGCUCUGAUGCUGGAAGUGGUCUGCGGAAGAAGACCUAUUGAACCAAAAGCUUUACCAGAAGAGCUGGUUUUAGUGGAUUGGGUGUGGGACAAUUACAGAGAAGGGAAGUUGCUGGACGUGGUGGAUCCAAAGUUGAACGGUGAAUAUGAUGAGACGGAGGUAGUGAUGGUGUUGAAACUGGGUUUGAUUUGUUCCAACGAUGUUCCUAAUAACAGGCCAAGUAUGAAGCAAUUGAUGAUGUUUUUGGAUGGAGAAGUGGAAGUGCCAGAGAGUUUGAGAAAGCCAGGUGGAGGAGGGAAUCAUAGCCGUGAAGGGUUCGAUGAGUUCUUGUUCAAUUCGUUUGCGUCUUCUUCGUUUGGUGAUAAGAUGAGUGCGAGUUCUUAUACUGGACACAGGGAGACAUAUGGUACUCAUUUUGCUUCUUUUAAUACUACUUCAGCUCUGUCUCUUCUCUGUGCCAGAGGAGAAACAAGGUGAUGAUUGAUGAUAUAUUGAUACAUACAAUUUGUCAUGUACUCAGAUUUCUGGUUUUGAUUUGAAUUCGUUUGUUGUACAAUUGUAUCACGUCUCAUUGUAGAGAGAAAAUUUUGAUGCUGCUGCUGAUUGGACCAGAGUUGCAUACAGUGACUCUGUUAGAUUUUAGCCUGGAUUCUUGAGGCUGGCAGAUGUUUUGCUUAUUGGAUGAAGAAUUUUGUUCAUUUGCUUAUAUGUGCUUUUGGUCACAUGAUUCUGUUUAUGAAGAGAAAAGAAAGACAGACCAAUUCUGCAAUUAUGCUGCUUGAGUUCUGUAUUAGAUUGUCCCAGGAGCUCGAUGAAAACUGCUAAAUGAGAAAUGGUUUUGUGUGCA